CUCAGCUUGCUAAGUCGACGAAAGCGAGUGGUCGUGAGAGAACGGUGAGAGCAUACGAGCAAGAGAAGAAAUAUCAAAAUGGCUAGGUUUUUCACGCUCAACACCGGUGCCCAGAUGCCCUCAGUAGGGCUUGGAACAUAUCAGGCCGACCCCGGAGUGGUCGGAGAAGCCGUCGCCUCUGCUAUCAAGGUUGGCUAUAGGCAUAUAGAUUGUGCACGGAUUUACGGAAAUGAGAAAGAGAUUGGUUUGUCUUUGAAGAAGCUGUUUGAUGAUGGUGUUGUAAAUCGUGAAGAUUUGUUUAUUACAUCAAAACUCUGGUGCGAUAGCCAUGCUCCAGAAGAUGUAGCAGAGGAAAUAAAUUCAACUUUGAAAGAUUUACAGCUCGAUUAUGUGGAUCUUUACCUGAUACACUGUCCAUUCCGACUGAAGAAGGGGACAAGUUUGAGAGCUGAAAAUCUUAUCCAACCUGAUAUACCUAGCACAUGGAGUGCAAUGGAAAAGCUCUAUGAUUCUGGAAAGGCUCGUGCUAUUGGUGUGAGCAAUUUUUCCACCAAGAAGUUGGAGGAUUUACUGAGCAUUGCACGUAUUCCACCUGCUGUAAACCAGGUGGAAUGUCAUCCUAUAUGGCAACAGACCAAGCUUCGGUCCUUCUGUCAAUCCAAGGGAGUUCACCUCUCAGGAUAUUCUCCGCUAGGUUCUCCGGGGACAAAAUGGAUAGAAGGGAAUGUCCUUGCAAACUCUGUUGUUACCGAGGUUGCGGAGAAAUUGGGGAAGACUGCCGCGCAAGUAGCUCUUCGUUGGGGAAUCCAAUUUGGCAACAGUGUAUUGCCAAAGAGCACCAAAGAAUCUUGAAUACAUGAAAACUUUAACGUGUUUGAUUGGUCUAUACCUGAUGAUCUGUUUGCAAAGUUCUCCACCAUUCAACAGGCAAGGCUAAUGGGAGGAGAUUUCAUUGUUAAUCCUCAAGGCUUAUAUAAAAGUGUGGAGGAGCUUUGGGACGGGGAAAUAUGAUAAUGAUUGCAGUUUUCCGGCUAUAAUUUUGAUGUGUUAUAUAUCAUUAUUCUGAACAUUUGGAUAUGAUAAUAUUGAAAUUUCACUAGGUAGAUUUGUAUGUACAGUAAUUUUAUUGAAUUGUACGACACAGAGAGCAUAAUGCAUAAUAUCAUUGAUAUAGAUACAAAAAUGUGAUACACAUGAUAUUUGAGAUUGGAAUAAAUUACAUGCAUAACAUGA